AUGCCGGCUGGUAGUGAUGGUGAAAGCAUAGGCAACUGUCCCUUUUCUCAGAGGCUGUUCAUGAUUCUUUGGCUGAAGGGAGUGGUAUUUAGUGUCACAACAGUUGACCUGAAGAGAAAACCAGCAGACCUUCAAAAUUUGGCUCCAGGCACUCAUCCACCCUUUAUAACUUACAAUGGUGAAGUGAGAACAGAUGUGAAUAAGAUUGAAGAGUUCCUGGAAGAAGUUUUGUGUCCACCCAAGUACCUAAAGCUUUCACCAAAGCAUCCAGAAUCUAACACUGCUGGAAUGGAUAUAUUUGCCAAAUUUUCUGCAUUUAUCAAAAAUUCUAGACCAGAGGCUAAUGAAGCCUUAGAACGUGGCCUCUUGAAAACCCUCCAGAAACUGGAUGAGUAUCUGAACUCUCCUCUUCCUGAUGAGAUAGAUGAAAAUAGCAUGGAAGAUAUUGCAAUUUCUACCCGCAAGUUUUUGGAUGGCAAUGAGAUGACAUUAGCAGACUGCAACCUGCUACCGAAACUACAUAUUGUCAAGGUGGUGGCCAAAAAAUAUCGCAACUUUGAGAUUCCCAAGAGUAUGACAGGGAUUUGGAGAUACCUGACAAAUGCUUAUAGCAGGGAUGAAUUCACCAAUACCUGUCCUGGAGACAAAGAAAUUGAAAUAGCUUACAGUGAUGUAGCCAAGAGACUCACUAAGUAAACAGCACUUGCAAAAGAGAUGACUUCUUGCAUAUUCCAUAACAAUGCUUCUAACAGACUGCUCUUUUUGUAUAAGAUAGCAAUUUUUUUGCAUGAACUUGCAGUUAUUAAAAGUUAUGGUGGAUAGACCAGGUACAGUAAUUACCUAAAGUUUGCAGACUUUAAUUAUAGGCUUGUUUUUCCUUACCUUCUUUCAUAGCAAGUCUGAAUAUCAUUAAUGUAGUUAUGUUAAUAUUGCACUGGGGUAACUCUAGAUUCUUCAGUAUGAAGGGUUAACUAGCCCCUGCUAUUUUUCUUUGCAAACAUUUGUUCCCUGUCUACAAAUUGGUCUAGGAUACUGUCUUUCUAUAUGGUACAAGGAAUAUUUAUGUAUUUUGGAAUUUAUUGUUUUUCCAGAAGAUUUACACACAGUUGUCCCAUCUGUGACGCAUUGAACUGUACCUGCUUGUCUAUGCCAUUUACAUGUAGAAGGGAGCUUAUUAUCCAAAAAAGCCAUUUGUAGACUAUUUGGCAACAGUUUUUAAAAAAAGUUUGUUUUUUUUUUUUCCUUGGAUUUGAAAUCACGGGGACGAUUGUGAAUGGGCACAAAUGUGAAACUUGUAUUUGAAUGACCUCAAGCAUCAGGGAAGUUUGAAUCUAGGCCUGAAUGCUAUAGCGGGAAGCUCACAGUUCAGAGUUAGUGUUUAGCUGUGUGACUUCAAGAGCUUGCCAAAAUAGAAAAAAAAAAAAUCACCAACCUAUGUUUGUCCUGAAUUCUGAGUUGCAGCAGAUGAAUAAUUAUCAAGAUGCCCUUUUACAUCAUGAAACCAAAAGAGCUGGGUGCUUGCUAUCUGUUCACCUUAAAAAUUACAAGUGGCUUUCUUUUUGGUAGUUAAGAACCUUUGUUUUGUGUAGGUCUUUCUGGCAAUAUUUACUUAGAAAACCUGUGCUGUCAUAAACAAAGUACAUGUAAACAUUAGUGUUGUAGUUGACAGAUAGCUACUGUAUAUGGUGAAUAGUAGUGCAAUGAUUAGUGAUGCAAGACCAAACAUUUACAGCAGUUAAAGGUGGAAUCUUUCUGGGAACUUUUUUAAGCUUUUUUUUUUUUUUUCCUGAAGAAAGCUAAAGUGACCUUUAAAGAUAGCAUUUGCCUUAAAUUGUAUUAUGCCUUUCUCCUGAAAGGAAACUCUAUUAGUUACUCUUGUAAAGAAAUGGUGCAUGAAAACCCAGUCCUUUACAUUGGCUUUAUCUUAAUUGCUUGUCUGUGUACCUGGACUGCAAUUUUGCAUUAUCAUAAUGAUUGCACUACUAUACAUAAUAUUUUUACAGCAACACUGAGGAAUAGCACUACAAUUUUUUUAAAAGCAAUUUUCAAAUAUUUCUAAACCAGGGAAUAGUUUUCUUGUUUAAAAUUAAUGAUUUUGAUGCAUGAAAUAAACUACUAGGUUAUUUUUAGAAGACCAUCAUAAACAACUCCAAAGAAUGCUAGACUUAUAUGCCUAUUUUUUUGUAAAGAUACUUUUAUAUUUAACUGAUUUUAAAAGCUGGAAAGUGCUAUUCCUUGUAGGUUGUUCUUGGAAUAUUUAACAUCCUGCAAUAACAUGAAAAUGCUCACGUAAACACUUUUAUACACUAAUUUUUUUGGUAAGCACUGGCUUUAUGAAAAACAGCUUGACUUUUCUAAGCAUCCUGCUUUUGCUACUUUAUAUAUACCCAUGAGGUUAGCUUGACAUAGAAGAGGUAGAGUAAAAGAUCCAUAUUUGUAUACAUGGCUUGUGGUGCCUUGUCUCGCCUUCCUAGAACUAGAAUUCCAAUAUAAAGGCAAUUAGCAAUCCUGUUACGUGGCUUUCGAGGACAGCCGUAGAUACGUUUAGACCCUAUUAUGAUUUAUUAGAGGUAUAUAGGCACAGGAUCUGCAGAGCAACCUGUUUAGGAAGAACUUAAUUGUAGCCAUUUUAUAAUUCCUGUAUUCUAAUGUCACGUUCUCAUCCUGAAUAAAGUUUCUCAGCAGUAAUAA